AUAAGAUUUGCAAUAAAUUAUAUUUAUCUGUAAACAUUGCUGCAUUUAGUUUAGCGUUUAGCACAUUUUUAAAAGUUUGAUAAAAUUCACUUUUUGAUAUGUGUGCACUGUUUACUCACACUGGUAACUUUUAAAUUUUAGAAAUGCCACAUAUAUCCUUUUAACAGUACAGUGACGAAGAAAAGUGAAAGGAGAGCUCAUGCGCUAAACAUAAACUAAGCACCAUCCUAGUUGAAUAGGUUUUUGAAAAUAUUACAGCAUAUUAAAUCAUACAAAUUUUUUUUUUGGAAAUAAGAUAGUUUAUAUAAAAUUAUCGAUUUUAAAACGAAGACUGCGGUUGACAGUGUCACAUGAAAAAGGAGUCGGUGGACAGAGUGCAUGGUGUGAGGGGUGAGGAAGACAGUGCUGUACAUUCACGGGAUGAUGCCCGAAAGCGAGUGUCAGGGAUGGAUAAACUGAUACAGGCGAUAAACCCUUGUCUUUCUUUAAAUCUCUCGCUUUCAAGACCUUUGUGAAAGAAAAUGGCAGAGAGACAUUCUGUAGACUUUCAUGAAAUAUUCACAUUCCUCUCAGACCAUAGCUGGAUACAUCAAGUGCAGCUUACACAAUAUUUUGUGGAGAAGAUCUGGACUAAUAUUCCAGAAGAGUGGAACAAGGUUUUGUCAUCACUUUCAGCAGAGCAGCUGAGUAAACUUCCUUUUGAAGUAGGUGGGCAGUGUACUUCAGACAUAAAGCUCCAUUUCCAAAAUCCUCCAAGAGAAUCUCUUGCAUCAUUCUUACAGAAAUCUGUGCAGCUUAGUUGUGAGCGUCAGCAGGCCAGACACUUGUUGUCUCCAACACCAAUUGAUAGAGAACUGUCAAGGGGAAUGGCUUCAAAAAAGGUUCAUGAGGUAGAAUGGAUGGCCUCCCUUGUACACCGGGUGACAUCAGAGUCAGGCUGUGAUACUGUGGUGGAUGUUGGCUCAGGUCUGGGAUAUCUAGGACAAGUGCUACACAAAGUCUAUGGGUUGCCUGUCAUUGGUGUAGAAGGGAAUGCUGGACAUAAUGAAAGUGCUGCAUCAAGAGCCUGCAAGCAAGGUAUGGAAUGUUCUGGUUUGAAAACCAUUACUUUAGAAAUCUGUGAUGGUGAAGACAACUUAAAGAACUGUGUUGCUGUCAUUAAUGAAGCAGUGCUAUCUUUGUCACCAUGCCAACAUACUUCUAGAAAUGUUGAGGGCUCAAAUGCAGCCACUAACCAGAUGAAAUAUAAUACUGAAGAAAAUAUUACUAAUGACACAGAAAAGACUGGAAAUAAGGAGAGACAUUGUGGUUUGGAAAUCAGUGAAACUACUAGAUCUGCAAAAGGCCAAUGUGAAACAAAGUCUCCUUGGACAGAAUGUGGGUGCCAUGUUUAUGAUGGAGAAAAAGUGAUAGACAAACUUACUGACUCUGAUCAUGCUGAACCAGAAGCUUUUGGUGAAGAGAAAGCUGUUUCUGAGUGUCUGCACGAUCCUGAGAGUGCAUAUAUUACAAUAACUGAUACCAUGAGAAGUGAAAGUCCUUUGAACUGUCUGCAUUGCAGAAAUACAUCAGGAGGAAAUACAGAUCGGUUGUCACAUUCACAGAACAGUAGUACUUGUAAAGAUCAAAAUGCAAAGUGCCAUUUAAAUUCACAACAAGGGUGGACUACUAGAAAUAAACAUUUUAAUGAAAGCAGAUGUACAUUGACAAGCAUACCUUGUAUGAAGACAAACAUUGAAAAGGGGGGCAGAAAAGUGUGUUUAAUAGGAUUGCACUGCUGCGGUGAUCUCUCCCCUGUCAUGCUGAAACUUUUUCUCUAUGCUGAGUUCAUUGGUGCCAUCAUUCUUGUCAGCUGCUGCUACCACAAGAUGUGUAAGAUUUCUGGGUCUGAUCAGUUCUGUAACUUCCCUUUGAGUGAGUCAGCGAUACAGGCUUAUAGUUUAGCCCAAAAAAAGCAUUCUACUUUAUCAUCUCCUUUCUUGUCAACUGGGAGUUUGAGACUGGCAGCUCAAGAAACAAGGACACGCUGGGAAGCUCAACGCGAGGCUGAUCAUGACAAUCAUGCUCGGAACCUGGCAUACAGGGCUCUACUGGAAGUGUUUCUGAAGAACCAGCAAAGAUUGAGGGCAGACAGGAGAAGAAUCAGGAAGCUAAACUACAGUAACUUUGACAGCUUCAUCAACUCUUAUAUAACCACACUGCCAAUUAGUGAUGAAGAAGAGAAGACAAUUGUCAGGAGGGAAAUGGAGAGGCUGCAUUCACAGCUACAGCCCUACUUUAGAUCAAUUGAGCCUUUCACAUGUCUGCAGGUUAUUCUUCAGCCUGUUCUGGAAUCACUGGUGGUUUGGGACAGACAACAGUGGCUUGUAGAAAAAGGCCAUCAUCCAAGUAUAAUAGCCAUCUUUGAUGAAGAUGUCUCACCUCGAAAUCUUGCAACUGUGUGUAUUAAAGAAUGAGUAUUCUGAAGCUAAACA